UGCUUCCCUUGAUUUAAAUUCAACACUUUUCAUCAUAUAUCCCAGCAUCUUGUUGGCCUUUUUUUUUAUAGCUGCCUCUUCAGUCCUGCCUGUCUUUCUUUGUUUCUGAGAUUUCUAGCAUUUGGAUAAAUACAUUUAAUGGCCAUCUAACCUGAGUUGUUGCCCUUGUUUUGAUGUAGUCUUCCUUCAGUUCUUUUGUUGAUUUCUUUCGUCAUAAUUAAUAACUAGAAUUCUGCAUAAUUUACCGAUACAUUUUUGCAAAUUGGUGAAGCGUGAAUUAAGUUUAUAAUCUGUAUAUUUUUUGUUAUUCAUAUAAGAGGAUAGGGUCCCAGAAUUGUAUUCCUGCCUAGGGCCCUAUGAUGGGUUAAUCUGGCCCUGCCUGUAUGUCAUAAUGUCUGCUGCUCUAUUUGUGAACAUACUUUUUCAUAAAGCUAAGUGCACACUGUAUUUUAAAACUACUUGAUAUUUUUUAAAAAAAUGGUAGUGGUUGCAAAUGCAAUUGCAGUUCCGUCGAUUUGAACCGCAGCUUCACAAUGACUCAAACGUGACGUUGUUCAUUUUUCCAAAAGUGGAUAGUUGCUCUGUUGACAAUGUGUUAGUGCAUACUGCCACCUGCUGACAAAGCUGGGCAAAUGCAUCUGAAUAACGCUUCCAACAUUUAACCCAUUAAGUGCCAUUGUUCUCAUUUGAGGACAGACUACUUUGUAAUUUUUUUGAACAUUUUUAACUUGUUAACGGGAUCUAAAUUGACUGUCCUCAAAACAGGACUGGGAAUACAUGUUGUAAAUAUGCCUGUCAGUUCACACUUCAAAUAGAUUGAAAGCUUUUAGAAUGGAAGCAUUUUACUACACAGCCAGUAGGCUGCGUCUCAAGCUACAGAUUGACAGAAGCAUUUGUUUGGUACUUAAUGGGUUCAAAUGUAUUUUUACUUUGUUGCUGCAUCACUUGGAGGCUCUGGGUUCUGUCACUCCAAUACUGAGGUAUCACGUUGCUCUAAAUCUGCCUGAACCUGCUUUGAGCUUGUCUAGAGAAUUGUAAGUGCCGGGUCUCAACAACCUUCCUCAUGCUGUUUAUAACAUAUGACAACCUUUCAACUCUCCCAGCCCCACCUACCCUGCACACUCGUCAUCAUGAUCCAUUGCCUACCUCUCUGCACCAACUGUGUGUAAUAUUAAAAGCAUGAUAGCUUGUAAUACCCUAGGCUGAAGAAAUCUCUGUUUGCAAGCCCUGCUUUCAGUUAGUGUUGCACUUCCUUGGACACCUCGAGGGUGAAACUGUCCCACCUCUUCAAUGACUUCUUUCCUGCCAGCUGCCUCCCCGAUUGCCAGACAUGCUUUCAGCCAGUAGCAUGACCCCGAAGACACUGUUGAGCGCAAAUGAUCCAGGAAGUUCAAGUGAAGCAGUGUGACAGGCUGGUUUUAGUGAUGACCUCAGACCAGAAAUGAACACACAGCACUUCCCACAGCCUCAAAUCAUGCUGCUCGCAGGCCUGUACCUCUGUCUCUCUCUCCUGGAGGCCGCCUCUGCAUUCAGGAUCUGUGCCUUCAACGUGCAGGCCUUCGGGGACUCCAAGGCAAGCGACCGGGGCGUCACGGAGGUCCUGGUGAAGAUCCUCUCACGCUGUGAUGUGUGUCUGAUUCAGGAGGUGCGUGAUUCAAAGGGAGGGGCUGUGCCAGCGCUGGUAAACAAUCUGAACAGGUUUGAUAGGAGUCACAACUACAAGUUUGUUGCAAGUGGUCGUCUAGGAAGAGGUUCUUACUUGGAGCAAUAUGUGUUCAUAUACAGGUCUGAUGUAGUUGAUGUUCGAGACCAGUACCAGUAUCCUGACACUCAGAAGGGCGACCCUGAUGCUUUCUCCAGAGAACCCUUCAUUGUGCGCUUCCAUUCUCCACACACAGAACUGCAGGACCUGGUCCUUGUGCCCCAGCACACCACACCAAAGAAUGCAACCAGGGAGAUAGAUGAGCUGUACGACGUCUUCCUGGAGAUCAGACGCAUGUGGAGAAUUCAGGAUGUUAUGUUUCUGGGUGAUUUUAAUGCUGCUUGUGGAUAUGUGCCCAAGAAAGACUGGCCUAAAAUCCGUCUGCGCAGCAACCCGGAAUUCCACUGGCUAAUCGGGGACAAAACUGACACAACAGUGCGUGACAACACAGUCUGCGCUUACGACAGGAUCGUAGUGCAUGGUGAUGCUUUCCUUAGUGCCAUUGUUCCGCAGUCUGCCAAACCGUUCAACUUCCCCAGAGAAUUCAGACUCACAGAGGAAGAGGCCCUGGUUAUUAGUGACCACUAUCCGGUCGAGGUGGAGCUGAGGCUUUCAUCUGGGCAGCAGGAAGAGCAUAUCCACCAUUAUCUCAUUGGCAUUGCUGUGGCUAUACUGUUACUAUCCGUGAUGUGCGGACCCAAUGGCUGGUCUGGAUUCUAACCAUUUCAUUAUCAUACUCGUGUGUACUGUCAGUCACAAUGAUGGUGUCCCCAGCCUUCACACUGAAUGCUUACUAAAUAUCUUGACAUCUCUGAAUAGAUAAUUUCUCUUUAAAUAUAUGAAAGAUUUGAAUUAUAAAUGUCCCUCAAGUACAGUGUGCAGCAGUGUGGAGUAGUGGUUAGGGCUCUGGACUCUUGACCGGAGGGUCGUGGGUUCAAUCCCAGGUGGGGGGGACACUGCUGCUGUACCCUUGAGCAAGGUACUUUACCUAGAUUGCUCCAGUAAAAACCCAACUGUAUAAAUGGGUAAUUGUAUGUAAAAAUAAUGUGAUACCUUGGUAGCAAUUGUAAGUCACCCUGGAUAAGGGCGUCUGCUAAGAAAUAAAUAAUAAUAAUAAUAAUAAUACUAAUUAACACAAAACAUGUUUCUGAAGUGGGGCCUGCUGGUACUGGUACAGAAUUCAAUGUUUUGUCAUUCUUGGCUGACAGCAUUAUAGAACAAUUAUCAUUCAGCAUUCUGAAUGUCUUUUGCAUAUAUUUAAAAAGGACGGUUAUCUAUUCAAGGAUUUCAAGAUAUUUAGUGAGAAAGGGGUCUGAGUGGAAUCAACUGGGCAAUAAAAGCCCCAAACUAGUCGUUACAUACCUAGAAAAAAAAAAUUCUAGGUGCCGAUGAACUGGGGGGUGGGAUCAAAGGGUCACCCCCCCCGCCCCCCCAGCCCGCCGUUCUGUUUCAAGGCUGUUCACACCACUGGAUAUAUGUUUGUUUUUAACCAGGAGUUUAAACUCAGUGCUGAUUCCAAUGGAGCUGUGACUAAUUCCCCAUUCGACAGCCUCAGCCAUGAUGUAAUGUCACUUCUAUUACUUUAACUUGUACGCCACUUCUGAAAUCUCAAAUACAAUAAAACCUGUCUAAUCCAGCCCCGCUACAAAGCGGCAUUCUGUAUAAUUUGGCAUGAUUUUUGGGGUCCCGACCAAACCCUAUUGAAAUGAAUGGCGUGAUCCGCUCUAGAAACUACAGUAUUCUGGAAUCCGGCAUGAUUUGAAAUUCUUGUCUGUCUAAACUAAUGUAAAUCUGACUGUGCAGUUCGGCUCUAAGUCAUGCGUUUUUUCUUUUCUAAGUUUAUAAUCAUGUAAAUUCACACGCGUCCCUGCGGUGUGGUACAGUAAAAUACUUUACAUUACGGAGAAUGUAAACUUAAAAUGGAUGCAAUCCUUGGAUUGCAAGGAUACCUGGAUGGUACUAUUACUGUAUGUACUGUGAUGGAGUUUGUAAAGCAUUCACAUGUACCUUUGUUUUUAUUUGACAGAACCUCUGUAUUCCAGCACUGUAUAAUUAGACAGGUUUUACUGUAUUAAGAAGAUUUACGAGUCUCAACUGACAAACCCUUAUCACAUAAGAUUCUCAACUAAAAGAAAAACAAUCUGUUCUUAUAUAGCCAUGUCAGUGAAUGUAUUUUAAUUGUUACUAAGAAUGUGCCCUGCCUGGUCACUUUAUUAGAACCUGUAACCAGUAUUGGGUUGGGUCACCGUUUGCCCUGAUCACAGCCUAGACAGGGCAUAGACUCCACAAGGUGUUGGAAGGUGUCUCAAGGGAUAUAUAUAUAUAUAUAUAUGUGGUCCAGUGGUUAAAGAAAAGGGCUUGUAACCAGGAGGUCCCCGGUUCAAAUCCCACCUCAGCCACUGACUCAUUGUGUGACCCUGAGCAAGUCACUUAACCUCCUUGUGCUCCGUCUUUCGGGUGAGACGUAGUUGUAAGUGACUCUGCAGCUGAUGCAUAGUUCACACACCCGAGUCUCUGUAAGUCGCCUUGGAUAAAGGCGUCUGCUAAAUAAACUAAUAAUAAUUAUAUAUAUAUAUAUAUAUAUAAAAUCUCUUGCUCCUCAAACCAUUCACACUCAGUUGUGGCUCGGUGGACAGGUGCAUUAUUGCAUUGAAAGCAGCCAUCGCCACCAGGCUGCAGGUACAGCAUUGUUGGUGGACUUGGUCCCCGAUGAUGCUUAAGUAACAACAGCAUUCGUUUGGUCUUCCAGAGGAAUCAAGGGCCCCAGGGUAUACCAGGAGAACAUGCCCCACACCAGGGCCAUGCCAGGUCCAAUCGCAUGGACAGUUCUAAUAAAGUGUCCAGGCAGUGUGUAGGUGUGAGCAUGGCAAGGAAAUAUGAUGGCAGUUGUGUAUUCAUCUUUUUAGUGCUUUUUAUUGAUGUGCAGUUUGCUGUGUGUGGUCUUGCAUACAACUACUGGCAACCGCUUAGUAGCUGACAAUCAGGCUCAAAGGUGGCAACGCUACAGCUCAACUAAAUAGGAUUUUAAUUCAGCGCACAGUGCCACCCAGUGGCAAAAUACAGUAACUACUGUUUUAUUUUAUUUUUUUGAAAGAGAAGUGUUAUCGCUAUGCAUACUCUAGUCAGGGUAUUAUAUGCCAAGUAUAAAAUGGUGUAUCUCGCAUAUUGUGUAGCGUUUGGUACUGUAUGUAACACUACCAAAACACUCAAUAUGAUGUGUCACCACAAAUUCUCUCAGGAAAGGAGGGGCUGCAGUCUCAUUCCCAAGCAUCCCUUCUAAUACAAUUUUCAGAUAUUUGAAUGUGCUGCAUGAUACACAAUGUUCUGACCAUGAGCAGACACAGCUUCUGUCUAUAAAGGCCCUAUGGAUGUUAAUGCAUUGUGUUCUACAAAUACCUUGUAGCUGGCAUUUCAGAUUAGAAUACAAAUGUGCACGUUGCCUGUAGGGUGUUUCUUAAUGCAUAACAUGUAUAGGGAAAUAUUUUCAACGUGUUUCCUUUAUUCUUUAAUUAACUCCUACUUUUUGAAAGGAGAAAAAAACAUGUUGGUAAUGUUUUCACCUAUAUUUCAUAAACAAAUUCAUAAUUUUUGUAUUUUCCUCACUUUAUUGUAAUUAAAAUAACCUAUUAAAGCUUAAUGAUAAAAAAUUG